UACGCUGAUACCUUAACCUCCAUUCAUCAUCAAACACACGACGUUUCUCUGUUCACACCAAAACAAAACUUCUCUCUCUCUGUCUCCCCUUUUGUUUUUUUCCUUCAAAGAAAAAUUUGACAAGCCAAAACUCCCCUUCUUGCUUCUUCCCUUAAUCCUCUCCACCACAUUCGAAGGGAACGUUACAAAAAAAUCUCCAUUUUUUCUCAAGUUAAUCAAGUAAGAUAAGAUCAUUCCCCUCUAUCAACAAACCUUUAUUCUUAUAUAUACAUUCCCACAAUUCCCAUCACUCAUUCAUUCCACUUUAUAUAAUUUCCCUCCACUCCACAUUGUGCACCCUUCAUGGUCAUGGCAAAACUAAAACACCCUUCAUCUUUUGUCACAUUGGUGGCACUUCUUCUAGCAGUGUCUCUUUUCGUUGCUCCAACAUCCUCAACAUCCAGAAAAACUAUUCUCAAGCACCACCCUUACCCAACAAAAGGGUUCCGAGUCAUGCUUCGCCACGUUGAUUCAGGUAAAAAUUUAACCAAACUAGAGCGUGUCCAACACGGGAUCAAGCGUGGGAAGAGUAGGCUUCAGAGGCUUAAUGCAAUGGUGUUGGCAGCAUCAACACUAGAUUCUGAAGAUCAAUUAGAAGCCCCUAUUCAUGCAGGGAAUGGAGAAUAUUUAAUGGAGUUAGCCAUUGGAACCCCACCAGUGUCUUACCCUGCGGUUUUGGACACUGGCAGUGACCUUAUUUGGACACAGUGCAAGCCUUGCACGCAGUGUUAUAAACAACCAACACCCAUUUUUGAUCCCAAGAAGUCCUCUUCUUUUUCCAAGGUUUCAUGUGGUAGCAGCUUGUGCAGUGCUGUGCCUUCUUCAACAUGCAGUGAUGGGUGUGAGUAUGUUUAUUCAUACGGUGACUAUUCAAUGACACAAGGCGUUUUGGCCACUGAGACUUUCACUUUUGGGAAGUCUAAGAACAAAGUUUCGGUUCACAACAUUGGUUUUGGUUGUGGGGAGGACAAUGAAGGUGAUGGAUUUGAACAAGCUUCAGGGUUGGUUGGUCUUGGACGUGGUCCUUUGUCCUUGGUUUCUCAACUCAAGGAACCGAGAUUUUCUUAUUGUUUGACCCCAAUGGAUGACACAAAAGAAAGUAUUUUGUUGUUGGGGUCUUUGGGUAAAGUGAAAGAUGCAAAAGAAGUGGUGACAACACCUCUUCUCAAAAACCCUUUGCAACCUUCUUUUUACUAUCUUUCUCUUGAAGGCAUCUCUGUUGGGGACACUCGAUUGUCCAUUGAGAAGUCCACUUUUGAAGUGGGGGAUGAUGGGAAUGGUGGUGUGAUCAUAGACUCUGGCACCACAAUCACCUACAUUGAACAAAAGGCCUUUGAGGCACUCAAAAAAGAGUUCAUUUCUCAAACCAAACUUCCUUUGGACAAAACUAGCUCAACAGGGUUGGAUCUUUGCUUCUCUCUGCCAUCAGGGUCAACACAAGUGGAGAUUCCAAAGAUUGUUUUCCAUUUCAAGGGUGGGGAUUUGGAGCUUCCUGCUGAGAACUACAUGAUUGGUGACUCCAAUUUGGGUGUGGCUUGUUUAGCCAUGGGUGCUUCUAGUGGAAUGUCUAUAUUCGGAAAUGUUCAACAGCAGAACAUUUUGGUGAAUCAUGAUCUUGAAAAGGAGACCAUUUCUUUUGUUCCUACGUCGUGUGAUCAGCUGUGAGUGUGUGAUAUUCACUAUAUGUUUUUAUUGCUUUGUUUGUUUGAUGAUGUUCUGUUGCCGAACUCGUAUUGCUAUGAUUGAAUCUCUUAGUUGUUGCAAUAAUAUGAACAUUUUAUUCUCUGUCCAAUUCAAAUGGAUCAGCACAUUAAUAGAACAUUAGAAAUGUUAAAUAGUUUUGCACUGUAUAGA